AGUAGUAUUUUAUUGGUGAAAACUAAAUGACGAAGAAACAAGCCAUCUGAUUGGUCAACGUCUAGAAAUCUGAAGUUUUGCCGCGUUUCUGCGGCGUGGUGGUGGACUUGUUUGUUUGUGUUGACGAUGUUACGGCAUUUAAUUUUAAUUGGUGUUUCUUUUGUCAGAUUUCUCUGAUAAUUUUUACAAGAAAUGCUCGUUUAUUUAAUUUUAACGGCAUUAAGUGUAUAGAAAAACGAAAAUGCCUCCUUUUUCAGGGGGACGAACUGGCUUCGGAGAGCGAAUUGAGAACUACGAAGUCCAUAAUUUACUCGGAAAAGGAGGAUUUGCCAGUGUUUAUAGAGCAAAAUGUUUGAAAUCAGGCACAGAUGUUGCUGUGAAAAUGAUCGACAAGAAACUUAUGCAAGCUGCUGGAAUGGUAGAGAGAGUUCGACAGGAAGUAGCUAUCCAUUGUCGCCUGAAACACCCAUCAGUUUUGGAAUUAUAUACCUUUUUUGAGGAUGCCAAUUAUGUAUAUUUAAUUUUAGAACUAUGCCACAAUGGUGAAAUUCAAAGAUAUCUGAAGAACAAUUCCAAAAUAUUAGAUGAACAAGAAGCCAGUCACAUUCUUCGUCAGGUGGUGCAAGGUCUGCUGUACUUGCACUCCCAUAACAUUUUGCAUCGUGACUUAUCACUGUCCAAUUUGUUACUGACUCGUGAUAUGCAAGUGAAAAUAGCUGAUUUUGGUUUGGCUACUCAGUUAACGAGACCUGACGAAAAGCAUCAUACUAUGUGUGGGACCCCUAACUACAUUUCUCCUGAGGUUGCAACGCGCAGCUCUCAUGGUCUGGAAGCAGAUGUAUGGGGUUUAGGAUGUCUACUGUAUACACUUCUUGUUGGACGACCUCCAUUUGACACUGAUGCUGUUAAAAGCACCCUUACUCGAGUUGUUAUGGCUAACUACAAGUUGCCAGCCUACCUUUCUUUAGAAGCUAAAGACUUAAUAGAUUCUUUAUUAAAAAAGAAUCCUAAAGAACGAAUACGAUUAUGCAAUAUUCUGGAUCAUCCUUUUAUGAAGCAUUCAAAAGUCCAGAAGGAAUUGAAGAAUGAGGAAUCGCUGGGAGGAGACAGUGGCAGAGGAACCAUUUCAACAAACACUCCCUCUCAGAAGACGAGUUCCCAUUUAAGUACAAACUCAGGAUCCCGAGCUCUGUGGCCUCGGUUGUUUGAGCCUCUGCCAGAAGAAUCUCUGGUGCACUCUCCAAGAGAGAGCUUGUCUUCCAACCGGCAUUGCAGGUCACGAUCGGAAGAGAGGUUUGGUAAUUUUUGUUCAUCAAAAUUUAAACAAGCUUCUUCUCUGAGUAAUGAAGAUGGAAGAAUUUCUGUAUUCUCCCAGAACGGGAUAUCUUGUUCAGCCACACCAUGCUCCAGUAGCGGCUAUUUAUUGCAUAAAUCAGAACAAGGAUCUCCGUGUGUAUCAUAUGAUAGAAAGACUCCGUGCUCUGCUGGUCAUUUUAGUCACGAUGAAAAGAAAGCAACUGGUUGUGAUGAUAAGUGCAGUUCCAAUAUUUCAAGCUGUUGUAAGAAAGGCUCUGAAGUUUGCCUGAACAGAAGUUCCACUGUGGAAAGUCUGAGUCGAUUUGAUUCAGCUCCUGAAGCGAGUUCUGCAGCUGCACCUUUGCGAACUUGUUCUUCACAUUGCAGUUUCUCUUCGCCUCAUGGCAGUAGAUGUGCUGUGGGAAAGUGUCUGUCUGGUUACCACAAACCGUCUCUUUCUCAACAGGAUGAUGACUGCAGUUGUACUCAUAAAGGUGUAUUUUCCAAAUGUAGUAAUUGUAGCAAUUGCCAGUGUAAACAAUGUGAAAGAAGUCCAAUUGUUGUGGACUACUCUCAAGAAACAAAGUCCAAACAGCAGUAUGGAGAUCGAAAAUUCUCUGGUGAGCGUGUACUGAAUGAUUGUUUUGACAAGUAUAGUGGUCCAGAAAAAAUGAAAGAACACACAGGAUCCUUGGAUAAAUGUCAUUUGUCUCAAGGGUCAAGUGGCUCGUAUCAAAAAGGUGCAGGGAACGACCAUAAUAGUCAUUGUAGCCAUUAUAGGGCUGAUGUAGAUAAACAUUGCAAUCGAACAACAUGCUCACAUUCUGCCUGCAGCUGUUGUUUGUUGCACGACUUGCCUGGUUGGAAGGAGUCAGUUGCUUUUGGUAAAAAAAUAUCUUCUGAAACUUGUGCUGUCACAGAAAGGCUAUCAAAUGAACAGUGUUUCUUGCCAUCGGGGAAAAAUCUUGCAUCCUUUGAAUCUCCAGGUUCUUGCCCCCGUGAAAGUAGAUCCACAGAACGUAGAAGGCAAGAUAAUCCUCCUCAGAGUUCUACUCCUUCUUCUGUACAAAAGGCACCGAUAUCAUCACCUCUGUCUUCUAUCCGAUUACAACCUACUCGACAUAGCACCAAAAAUGCAAUUCUUAGUAUAGUUGCUGAUGGUGAAGUAGUCAUUGAGUUUCUCAAGAAGAAAAGCAGUGGUUCAGAGGAAAGAGUGGUUGAUGUCUGCAGAAUAUCAAAUGAUGGAAUGAGGAUAGUAUUAUAUCAACCAAAUGGUGGAAAGGGCUGUCUAGUAAGGAAUUCACCUCCUGAAUUACCUGUUCAAGGAGCAGAUGCAAUUUAUAGCUUUGAAACUCUCCCAGCAAAACACUGGAAAAAAUAUUUAUAUGCUAGCAGAUUUGUUGAUCUCGUGAAGGCCAAAACUCCUAAAGUUACAUUUUACAGUGAAAAAGCAAAAUGCAUGUUAAUGGAAAAUUCACCAGAUCCUGAUAUUGAAAUGUGUUUUUAUGAGGGUGGUAAAAUUAUAAAAAGCAAUACUGAAGGAAUAAAAUUAACAGACAUUUCUGGCCGUGUCACUGACCUGUCUUCUCCUCAUAAAUUAGAAUCUCUAGCUCCAUCAUCUCGACUUAUGUGGGAGCAUUAUCAACAGUGUGCGGAACAUUGUAUGCUGCUGGAAAAGACUUUGUCACAGGUUUUUGGAGAUUCUCCAAGUACAGCUAAUUGCUGUUUCCCUGUUAUUGUGGGAAGAAGACCUAGUAGUUCCACAAGCACUGCACUUCAGGAUAAGGAAAAUGUUCAUGCAGAUUCCAAGCCUAUGCUGCAGUCUUUCAGUUUUCUGACGCCAAACUCUGCCCCACCAUCUCGAGGCAUAUCUCCUGCACCUUCGGUUGGUCGAUUGAAGAAUUCUAUCCACAUUCCAGGAAUUGGCAUUGCUGCACAGCUUCCUAAUGGAGAAGUGCAAGUGUGCUAUGCUGACGGAUCUGUUCUAAUUAUGAAUGCUAGAGGUGGAGAAAUUAGGUACUCAGAAAAAGGUGGUCAACCCACUCACUACCUUGAAACUGAUCCUGUACCAUCCAGUUUAAGGGAGAGAUUAGGUAAAGUGCCUUUGAUAAUGCGGUAUCUUAUACAGAGAGUUGGUUCAUCAGAGGGUGCAUCUUUGAAAACUCGUGUUCGUAAUGUGAGAUGAGGCAAAUAUAUUGUUUGUAAAACUCUGUGACAGUUUGAACGUGAUUUAUGACAUGCAGCCUCUUCAAAAUGCUGUAGUUAACGUGUGCAUAGUAGGAAUAAAGUUUUAUAACACUGGAAGUAAAGAUUAAAUGUUCUUGAGCUCAAGGUGAUUAAUAAAAAGGAUUCAUUAAACAAUUAAAAAGAGAGAAGUUUAAGAUUCGGGGGCUUCAUUUGUGUACUUCAUUUUCUUGAAAGAUUGUGAAUCAUCUCUCAGCAAAUUCUGCCCAAACCUUACUGUGCUUGGUAAUUGACAUGAUUGGCUCCUGUAGCAGUGGUAUGAGUUUUUUUUUUAAUCCACAGCAAAUAAUUAUCCUUAUGUUUCACUGUACUAAUGUACAAGAAGUGUUUUAUUAUUCAGAAACAAAUUUAUAUAGAAAUAUAUAUAUUUCUUAAUUGUUAUUCCUAAUCAUAUUGAUAAUUUUCAUAGAAAAUUAAAUAUUAAUUUCAUAUUUAAUGAAAUAAGCUUUAACCGAUCAUUCAUGAAUGUUCUUUGUCAUUACUUGAAUGAUUUAUUUUUAACGUACAUGAAUAAGUAGAAAAAGAUAUAUUUUGUAUUAUAAGUAGACACAAUUUUGAAGAAAUUUGAAUUUAAAAAAAAUUACUUUCCUAGCAUAUCCAAUAUUUAGUGUGGUAAUAAUUGUUGGGAUACCUGAAAUGAAUUCCAUCCUGUUGCAAAUAAAAUUUUCGAUAAAUUAAAAAAAGUCAAAGUAUAUUUUUUAAUAAAGAACUUUAUUCAUC